UUGUAACAGGUGCUGCGACUUGGCGUGGGUUUGUUUUUUCUUAUCGAUAAUUAUCGGAGCGAGCGUCGACAUCCAAGAUUAGAUAUCGCGCGAAUUACAUAUGUGUUAAAACCUGUCGGCCAGGUAAAACGUUUGUUUGUCUGAAAUAAUUCGUAUCGCGGAGCGGUUGUUAUUUAACGCAGUUCGUCGCAUCAUUGUCUGUCUUUUCGAAACAAGUGUGUGCUUUGCAUAUAUGUUUGCUCUGAGUUUUGCGUCGUCGCGCUUAAACAAAAAGAAGAAACAUGACGCUCGUCGAACGACUUCGUCUUGAUGAAGUUGUCAGUUCGUUACCUGAGAUCGGGCCGACACCUCCAGAUGGUGGCUACUCGUGGUUCGUUCUCUUCGGUGUUAUCAUCAUUCAGAUAACCGUGCCGAGCGUCUUGUCGAUGUACGGCAUAGUUCUGGGAUAUUUGACCAAGAGCAACGCAUUUUACUUCGACGUGUGGAGCGAGAAGAUCACAUUAACGCCGAUAUUAUUCGUCGCUUUCUGGAGUUUGGCGGAUCCAUGGACCAAAACGAUUACGGAUUUAGCGUCGAUACCGCGCCUGGUCGGGCUCAUCGGCGUGACUCUCCUCACCACGGGCGUGAUAGCUUCGGGAUAUUUGGCAACUGGCGGGGUGGGCGCGUACCUGGCCAGUGUUAGCGCCGGAGCGGUGAUGGGUAUAGGGGCGAGUUUCGUGAUCGUCGAGAGCGAGACUGUGUUGCGCAAACACUUCCGGGUGAGAUUACCGUUGGUGCUGAUGAUGAAGAACGUCGCCGCUUCCAUCGGCUUCACGCUCGUCCCGUCGCUCACGCACUAUCUGCUCGCGGAAACCGGAGUGAAGACGGGUCUCUUGAUGAUGACGAUCGUCUUCAUUCCCACUGCCCUAGGCACGCUUACUUUGCGUUCCCCGAUUCUACAGCGAGCGUCGCCUUACAGACUACUCCUGCCGAGCGAUGAAGACAACGAAUUGGGUAUCAGAAUAUCGGACAGAGAAUCGGAAACAGAUAGGCGGAACAUAGGCAUGGACAAUGUCGGUUACAAUAACGGCGACAAAGACAGAAACGCCGCUCCUUUGUUCAGCGAGGUGAACAGCAUCUACACUUAUGAGGAGCCGGACGAGGAGGACAUCGAGUUGUUCGUUAAUCCGUCGAUGCGAUCGGCCAGCAAGUGGAAGCAGAAGUUCCGAGUGCUUCAUUACUUCCGGUUCUGGAUAGCCGUGAUAACGUGGAUCGGGAUAAAAACCGGCGCGCUCUUCUUCUGGAUUCUGGUGCCCGUUUUGUAUCUGAAGCGAGCAGAAUCUGAUUACACGGAUAGUUGGAUGAUAUUGUUGGUGAUCGCUGGUGUGGGCUCCUUCGUACCCGGUGUACUUAGUUGUUGGACCGUCACCACUACCGUCCGGUCCAGAAGAUUGUAUUUCGGCGGCGCCUGCUGGCUAGGCAGUAUCAUUUUAUUAAGUUUAACUUAUACGAAGAACUAUUAUUCGUUUCUAAUAUGCUCGCUGCUCGGCGGUAUCAGCAUAAGCGGUCUGCUCAGCUGCCAAGACUUGACGCUCCGCGACGUGCUCGGUAAUCAGUUCGUGCGACGUUCGCACAAGUUGUUCUCCACCUUCGUUGGAAUGGGGGUGCUGAUUUUCUGUUUCGUGUACAGCGAGAACGUUUGUCUCCGCACGAUCGCGUUGUUGCAGUUCCUCGGAGGAAGCUACUGGAUUUUGCCGUCAAUUUGGGAUAUCAUGCAAGCGCGGAGACUCAGAGGAGGUUAAUUUAAUUGAAAAAAAGUCGCUAGUUCAUAUUACGCCGUGUGAUACCAAACGGAAAAUCACGGAUUUUUUUUUUUAAUUUUCUAACGUACAUUAAUUCGUGAACAAUCGAUCUUCAUCGAUCGAUUGUUCAGAACGUAAGGCGAUAUUGCACAAAGUGCUUUAAAUGUAUUACGCUUUACAUUUCUUACAAGUUAAACGGGCAAUAAUCGAAGAACAAGUGUUUUUUUUUCUUUACAUUACACAAGUGUACAGUUGUAAGUAAUUCAUUUGUAUCUAUUAUGUAAUAAUUAUAACGCGCAUUAUGAUAUAUCACACUGGUUCUUGUCUUGUUGAUAAAAUUUAAAUUUAUAUCUAUCCUGCUAUAUUAUAUUUAUAUUUAUCCUUGCAAAUUCUUUUAUUGCUUUGUAAAUAUUACUUAUAUACACUUUGGAGCAAUGUUGUUAUUUUAAGCCCUUUAAUUUUUAGAAUACAAAGACACGUAAUUUGUUUCACAAACUAAUUGCAAGGUAGACGAAACAAGCGAGAUGUCGCGUCUUUUUUAUAUUUUUUUCAAAUAAAAAAUAUAAAAGAUUCGAUAAAAAUGUAAAAUAUUUGUACGCAUAUUUGAU